AUGUUGGUCCUGACAGCGUGCCUCCUUCUGCUGCAGCUGUUUGGCUCACUGGCGUACAAAGACCCACACUGCACCAGAGGCAGAGACGGUGUUGUACAUCUCUUUGAGUGGAAAUGGAACGACAUUGCAGCAGAAUGCAAGCGCUUCCUAGGACCUUACGGGUUUUGCGCAGUACAGACUUCCCCUGCGAGCGAGAACAGAGUAGUUACGUCACCGAGCCGCCCUUGGUGGGAGCGGUACCAGCCAAUCAGCUACAAGAUCGCCACGCGAAGCGGCAACGAGGAUGAAUUCCGGAAUAUGGUUAAGACAUGCGCAGAGAGUGGGGUUAGGAUCUACGUGGACGUGGUCAUCAACCACAUGUGUGGCGGGGGAGGGUCUGGCUCGGGGACAGGAGGCACACACUUUGACGCGGACACCCUGUCUUUUCCCGGCGUGCCUUACGGGAGCUCCGACUUCAACGACGGCAGCAACUGCCACUCCGGGAAUGGGCACAUCAACAAUUACAACAACCCCGAGGAGGUCAGAAACUGCCGUCUAGUUAAUUUGCUCGACCUCCGUUUGAGCAAGGACUACGUUCGCGGGAAAGUGGCAGGUUAUCUGAACCAUCUCAUCGAUCUGGGAGUCGCGGGAUUCAGAGUGGACGCCGCAAAACACAUGUGGCCCGGUGACAUCAAGGGUAUUCUUGACAAGGUCAAGGAUAUCCAACAAGGUGGUCGGCCAUUUGUGUACCACGAGGUCAUUGACAUGGGCGGCGAGGCUAUCAAGGGAUCCGAGUACUUGGAUGUUGGGCGUGUCACAAACUUCAAGUUUGGAAUAGAGGUCGCCCGUUUGUUCAAGCAUCAGAACGCAUUAAAAUUCCUGGGCAACUGGGGCCAGGCCUGGGGCAUGGAAGCCACGGGAGAUGUCGUCAACUUUGUGGACAACCACGACAACCAGAGAGGUCACGGAGGCGGGGGGAGUGUACUCACUCACUGGGACCCCAGACCCUACAAGCUGGCCACAGCCUUCAUGCUGGCUCACCCGUAUGGCUUCCCUCGCGUCAUGAGCAGCUACGAGUAUAACCGCGCCAACGAGUGGGAGGGGCCGCCCCAUAAUGGCGACAUGAGCACAAAGAGCGUUACCAUUAACGGCAUGAUCUGUGGCAAUGGCUGGGCGUGCGAGCACAGAUGGCGUCAGAUCUACAACAUGGUGGCCUUCCGUAACAUGGCAAGUGGCAAGCCAGUCAGUAACUGGUGGUCAGGGGCCGACUAUCAGAUCGCUUUCUCAAGGGGCGACCGUGCCUUUAUUGCUUUCAACCUGGAAGGUUAUGACUUGGAUAAAACCCUGCAGACUGGCCUACCCGGGGGCACCUACUGUGACGUCAUAUCCGGCAACCUGGAGAACGGCAAGUGUACUGGCGGAUCUGUGACGGUCAAUGGAGACGGGACGGCCAGGGUCCACGUCUGCAACAGCUGUCCAGACCCUAUGAUCGCUAUACACGUCGGUGCCAAAGUGGGAUCCCCCGAGAGAAGACACUGAGCACAUACGAAACGAAAAGAUUUUUCUGAUCUUUCUGCUCUUUUUAAAAAAAUUGUUUCUGUCAUGGAUUGCCACUCUUGUUUCUUGUGUCUGAUAAGUGGAAGAGACUUGUUCUUAAAUUUUCGGUGGUAACAUUUUAUAGUGAAUAACAACAUUAUUUAUCAUAUUAUGCCA